AUGGUGUCUCAUCUUCCUUCUCCCCCGUCCUCGCGUCCAAGCUCUCCGGACAGCAACUCUGGCACUCAGCCCCAGCUUGUCGAAGCACAUACACCAGAUUGCGGAACGCAAGUUGAACCAGAACACCAAUCCAAGGGGCAAGAAUCCUCUGAUGGCCUCCUCUCAGACCGGCUAGACGCCCUUCUCGUAUCGUACCUGAACCUUCUGGACACCUACACGACUCUUCGUGACCGACUUUCCAAGGACCUCUCCGGGGGGUUCUUUGCGCUGGCGCAAGCCAAUCGGAAUGCGCAGUCUACCUUGGGCGUGGGGAGGAGGUAUGGCGAGGAGGGAUUCGACGAAAGGAUGAAGGCUGGAAAGGUAGUGAAAAUCGAAAAGACAAGAAACGCAAUGGUGCUUGAGAGCUACAAGGGAAAGGGACAUAAGGAAGUGCACGAAGACGUUGCACAAACUCCAGCUCAACGGACAGCAUCGCAACGGAACAAGGAAGAGAUGGAAUCGGGCAAAUAUGAUUUAGAAGAGGACAUUGAGCAGUCAGCCAGCACUCCCUACGACUUCUCUGUCUCGUCGACAUCGAACUUAACCAAGGACCCUCUCAAAUGGUACGGAAUCCUCAUCCCACCCGCCCUCCGCACUUGUCAAACCCACUUCGCCACAAGCAUAUCCUCUACCAUCCCUGAAAUUCUAAACACCGCGUCCGCAAUGCGGAGUCUGGAAGAGGAGAUCUGGAUUGUUCGACGUCAGUUGGGAACUGUCGACAAUUACGCAACUGCCAAUGUCGAUAGGCUUGGAAACAAGGAUGAUGGUAACAUUGAAAGUGACACAACAGCAUCCAAGAUGGCGGGAGGUCGAAAUUCGGAGAGUCCUCUGUCGAGCCGCGCAAUGUCGUCUCCCAAGUUCCAAACAUCGCAUGUGAAGAGAUCGUCCUCAUUAUUGUCCACUACUCCGCCUGCCGGAAAUCUGCGAACUGAGUCGUGUUCAAGCCUUUUGAAGCUUGGCUGA